AUGACUUGGAAGCAUUCUCGACUUUAUGUAUUUUUGUUAAAAGAUGCAAGUUGUUGGCUAUAUGAGAAAUACCAAGAUAAAGACCUUGAUAUACAACCACUUAUCAACUUAUCUACUGUUUUUUUGUCUAAACUAUCAGAAGAACCAUUAAUCUCAACCACUAUUUUAUGGACUAAUAACUCUACGAAUUUAUUUAUAGCUUCACAGUUAACUGCAGCUUAUUCAGUAACUUAUACUGCUAAAAAAGUAAUAGAGAAAAAAAAGAUUUAUGCAGAAACUAUCAGAACUACAUGUAAAGCAAUUAAUAUUGCUAUUAAAAUGGAUAACCUAAAUGUUCUUAG